AUGGUAUCCCAAUCCCCGCAAUCCAAAGCCUCAGAUCUCAUCCAAUGCCUCGAACUCCACGGCCAAGGCGACUACAUCGGCGAAUCAAUCAGUCAACUAGAGCACUGUCUCCAAGCGGCCCAUCAGGCCCAGAAAUCCGGAGCACGACCCGAUCUCAUAAUCGCAGCCCUACUCCACGACAUCGGACAAAUCAUUCCUCUCGACGCACGGAAAGAAGCACGCAUGAGUAUCCAGAACAGCAGGGACAGGAACGGAACCAGCGGCAAUGAAGAUGUCGGCCGCGUGGCGCACGAAUCGAUCGGCGCGGAGUAUCUACGUUCGCUAGGGUUUGGUCGGAAUGUCUGUCGACUUGUGGAGAGUCAUGUUGCGGCGAAGCGGUUUUUGACGGCCGUGGACAAAUCGUACCAUGCAUCUUUGUCGGAUGCUUCGAAGAAGUCGCUGGAGUUUCAAGGGGGCCCAUUUACCGGGGCUGAGUUGGCGGCUUUCGAUCAGGACCCUCUUCGUGAUGAGAUGGUGGCGCUGCGGCGUUGGGAUGAUGCGGCCAAGGUUCCGGGCAUCGAGGACUCUACGCCUCGAGCACGAGAAUAUUCGCUGUUGAUAGUGGCCCAUUUGGAAGAACAGGCUAUGGCGAAUUGA